GACUGCGGAAGAGAAGUGGCGGACCCGAGAAAUUGCUCUGCAAAUCUUCUCAUAUUUUCACUUUCACUCGCAAUUAUCUCAUCCAUCAAUUUUGGACCAUCCUGUAUUUAACACUGACACUAUGUUUUAGCAAAGGUGUGUAAUGGAUUAGACUAGGUAGAGUAAUGGAUUCGCCGUGUUCCAUCAUCUUCGCUGUGUUGGCUCUUUGCCUGUCUCUUCCAACUAUCUCCGCUGACAGCAAAUUUGGUUGCCUGUUUGAGGAUGAGCUCUGUACACCUUACGAGUUCUGCGCUAACGACAGAAUGUUUGGAAGGUGUCUGGAGUUACCUAGUGCGGACCUAUACACCUAUGAUGUGUCAGCCUCUGCUCUACAGCACCUGAGGACUCUCCUCCAGAAACUGUCCCACAGAGGGUUGACAUGGCAGGAUGCUACCACCCAGCAGGUGAUCUCCAGAGAGCUUUCCAAGAUACGCAAGGUUCCUAUCCGAAGGCCGGAACCCCCUUCUGCCUCCCUGACACUCUAUGGUGGAGCCAGGAAGCUCAAGACUGGAAAGGGAGAGCUUGGUGUCCAGAAGUACCUGCAAGAGCUUGGUCUCCUUCCCCAGUCUGUUGGCACUGCUCGCCAGGGGCCCCAGCGAGAGGGCCCCCUCACCAAGAAUGAAGACUUCCAGCCCAAGAAGGGAAAGUCUACAUUCUAUAGUCUACAGUCUGCAGAACCACCCCAGGGGGGUAAGGUCUUCACACAGGGGGCCGUGGGGAGCUGGAGACCCCCAGUGGAGACAGCCUACUCCAGCCAGGAGCCUGGGAGUGCCAGGGGAAAUGCCAAGGGGUUGACUGCCCAGCUGGAGCGCUACCUGGCUGGGGCAGCACACAUCCAGAGCCGCCCUUUACAAGGGGCAGUGGUGGGAUCAGUGGUGGGACCCAAGGGGAAGCUCCACUAUGUCAGCUAUGUCAGCCCUGUACGCUCUGGUGAUCAGGUGGAACCCCAGACACGACUUGGUGGUAGUGCCUCCAAACCUCCAAGGCCCAACAUAGACAGGCUUCUCUUCAAGGCUGCUUCCAACCAUCAGGUGCCCAAGGAACAGCUCAGUACAGUGGAUGAACGGUUCAUCCAGAACGUGGUCAACCAGCUGGGGAGGCAGAGAGUGAACAUGGACGGUUUGAUGGGUAAAGACCUGAACCAGCUGGCAGACAUCAUCUCUGAGGCCCUGCAUGUGGUGGAUGGGGAGGGGCCCGGGGCCAGAGCUAAGCCCAGGGUCAUGGCACCCAUACGGGACAGGCAGAUGAAGAGAGAGCCCUUACCUUCCAAGGAUCAAGAUGAGGAGGACCAAGACGACAUGUUGGGGCAAGAUGCAAGGCUUCAAGGGCAACCAAUGGAGGCUGCAGACUCUGAGCCAGACAACAAGGACCCAAUCUUCGUCAGUAAGCUGUUGGAGUACCUCAAUAUGGAACCCUUCAGUGAUGAGCCAGAUGCCCAGAUGGAGGUUGAUGGUGCUGGGGCAGCAGGCGGCCCCUCUAUUGAGGGCCAGAGAACAGUGGGUCUGGAGAAUGUGAGAAGCAGGACCUCACAGGGCCAGGUGCCUGUACCACACCCCUGGGAGGAGAGGAACAUGGCCAUAGGAGGAGAGGAUAGAUCUCCAGACCAACCAAUGGAUGUCCAGGCUUCUGAAUCCAUGGUAGACUCCGAGGUGGAGAGGUGGAUCCACGGUACCAAAGCUCCUCCUCCUCUGGAGGCUGAGACAGACCUCUUGGCAGAUAAACCACAGAAGAAGAAUCUCCUAGCAGAGCCACAGAAACAGGACAUGCGACUCCAGGAGGAGGAGGAGGUGGUGCAUAUGGGGGUCAAAGCUUACUCAAAGGCACAUGGAGGGAAAAACCACCUCGGCGACUUUGGCUACAUCAUUACAGACACAGCCUCCCUCACCUCUGACCAGGGCCUGGACCUGAUGGAACAUGUGGGUCGGAGGAUCAACCUCCAUGUGGCCAACAUUCUCCACCUCUCAGUGCUGGGUCCAGCUGUGACCUUCAGGGUGGGCUCCAACCCUCACAAUGUCAGCACUGCAGAUCUGGCCCACGUUGCAGUUCAGCAAAAGAAGCAGCUGGAGAAGGAAACUGGUGUGAAGAUCCUGGAGGCUGGUGUCAGUGAUAAGGGCAGCUUGAGACAGAUCCCGGUGGUCAAGGAGAGUCAUCUGGAGUCUGGUCAGUUCAUGGUCUUGACCAUCAUCUCCAUGGUCCUGAUCAUGGGGGCGCUGGCAGUGUCUGGCUGGCUCUUCUGCCUGCGCCACCGCUCCCACCUCCAACUGAAGGAGAAACUAGCCAGCCUAGGGACUGACACCAGCGCUGAUGCAACCGCAACCUAUCAGGAGCUGUGUCGCCAGCGGAUGGCUGUGCGGACAUCGGAGCGUCCGGAGCGUGCAGAGUGCCCGGAGCCUCUGCGGCGCCUCUCGCGGCUGAACAGCUCGUCUUCUCAGUUCAGCGACGGGGGACCCAUAGCCAGCCCCUCGGCCCGUAGCUCCACUUCCUCCUGGUGCGAAGAGCCUGUCCCUUCCAACAUGGACAUCUCCACCGGCCACAUGAUACUGUCGUACAUGGAGGACCACUUGAAGAACAAGAACCGCCUGGAGAGGGAGUGGGAGGCGAUGUGUGGUUACCUGGCUGAGCCCGGUGACUGUGACGUGGGCCAGGGCCAACACAACACCAAGAGGAACCGCUCUGACGCCGUGGUUGUCUAUGAUCAUUCCAGAAUCACCUUGAAGGCUGAGAAUAACCAUGGCAACUCGGAUUACAUCAAUGCUAGCCCAAUUAUGGACCAUGACCCGAGAAACCCCAUGUACAUCGCUUCACAAGGCCCUCUACCCUCCACCGUGGCUGACUUCUGGCAGAUGGUGUGGGAGAGUGGCUGUGUGGUCAUCGUCAUGCUAACGCCCCUGUCUGAAAAUGGCGUGAAACAGUGUCAACAGUACUGGCCAGACGAGGGGUCCAAUGUCUACCAUGUUUAUGAGGUGAACCUGGUGUCAGAACACAUCUGGUGUGAGGACUUCCUGGUCAGGAGUUUCUACCUGAAGAACUUGCAGACCAACGAGACACGCACUGUCACGCAGUUCCACUUCCUUUCCUGGGUGGAUCACAGCAUCCCUGACUCAGCCAGGACACUGCUGGACUUCCGUAGAAAGGUUAACAAGUGCUACCGGGGUCGGUCUUGUCCAAUAAUUGUCCACUGCAGUGACGGGGCUGGCCGAAGCGGAACGUACAUCCUGAUUGACAUGGUCCUGAAUAGGAUGGCUAAAGGUGCUAAAGAGAUUGAUAUUGCCGCUACCCUAGAGCACUUGAGAGACCAAAGAGCCGGCAUGGUCCAGACAAAGGAGCAGUUUGAGCUUGCGCUGACAGCCGUAGCGGAGGAGGUGAAUGCCAUCCUUAAAGCACUUCCACAGUGAAACUCGCCGCCGCCCCACACCGUGCCACGUCUCGCUGUCUAAACACGUGUUUUUCUGCCCACUCAAGUCUGUCAUCUCGCUUUUGUCCCAAAUGGCACCCUAUUCCCUACGUAGUGCGCAACCUUUGAACAGGGCCCAUAAGGGUCUGGUCAAAAGUGGUACACUAUAUAGGGAAUAGGGUGGUGCCAUUUGGGACAUACAUACCUAUCUUCUCUUGUUUCUCUCUCCUCUGAUUCUCGCUCUUGGUAUACUUAUGAAUGUUGUGCCAGAUACUUGACCGACCUGGUCUUCUUAAGUGUGAUGUAUUCCUUUUGCAGUUGUGUUCCUGUACCACUUACAGAUAGCUAGACAAAGUCAUGUGUGUUCUCUCUCUCUCUUUGUGAUCUGAAUAAUCUAUUAUACUCAGAAUCAGAUAAUUGGUUAUUGAUGUGUGAAGAAUAUGAUAUUGUAUUCAAGGCCUGAACAUCUGUGUCAUGUAUAUAGAGAAGAUGCUUCAAAGCACAAUGUCGAAGUGAUCUUUACUAUUAAAGUUCUGAACCACAUUCUAUGGCCCUGUUCAAAUACAUUGGAAAUGUAUCCUUCCUUCCUUGAGAAUCUGUAAGUGAUAUACACUACCGGUCAAACGUUUUAGAACACCUACUCAUUCAAGGGGUUUUUCUUUAUUUUUACUAUUUUCUACAUUGUAGAAUAACACAUAUGGAAUCAUGUAGUAACCAAAAAAGUGUUCAACAAAUCAAAAUAUAUUUUAUAUUUGAGAUUCUUCAAAGUAGCCAGCCUUUGCCUUGAUGACAGCUUUGCACACUUGUCAUUCUCUCAACCUGCUUCACCUGGAAUGCUUUUCUAACAGUCUUGAAGGAGUUCCCACACAUGCUGAACACUUGUUGGCUGCUUUUCCUUCACUCUGCGCUCCGACUUUUCCCAAAUCAUCUCAAUUUGGUUGAAGUCGGGUGAUUGUGGAGGCCAGGUUAACUGAUGCAGCACUCUCCUUCUUGGUAAAAUAGCCCUUACACAGCCUGGAGGUAUGUUCGGUCAUUAUCCUUUUGAAAAACAAAUUAUAGUCCCAUAAGCCCAAACCAGAUGGGAUGGCGUAUCGCUGCAGAAUGCUGUGCUAGCCAUGCCGGUUAAGAGUGCCUUGAAUUGUAAAUAAAUCACAGACAGUGCCACCAGCAAGGCACCCCCACACGAUAACACCUCCUCAUCCAUGCUUUACGGUGGGAACUACACAUGUGGAGAUAAUCUGUUCACCACACCGCGUCUCACAAAGACACGGCAGUUGUAAUCAAAAAUCUAUAAUUUGUACUCCAGACAAAAGGAGAAAUUUCCACCGGUCGAAUGUUCAUUGCAUGUGUUUCUUGGCCCAAUCUAGUCUCUUCGUCUAUUUGGUGUCCUUUAGUAGUGGUUUCUUUGCAGCGAUUUGACCAUGACAGCCUGAUUCACUCAGUCUCCUCUGAACAGUUGAUGUUGAGAUGUGUCUGUUACAUGAACUCUGUAAAGCAUUUAUUUGAGCUGCAAUUUCUGUGGAUAGUAACUCUAAUGAACUUAUCCUCUGCAACAGAUGUAACUGGGUCUUCCUUUCCUGUGGCGGUCCUCAUAAGAGUCAGUUUCAUUGUAGCGCUUGAUGGUUUUUGUGACUGCACUUGAAGAAACUUUAAAGUUCUUUACAUUUUCCUGAUUGACUGACCAUGUCUUAAAGUAAUGAUGGACUGCCGUUUCUCUUUGCUUAUUUGAGCUGUUCUUGCCAUAAUAUGGACUUUAUGGCAAGAACAGCUAUGGACUUUUACCAAAUUGGGCUGUCUUCCGUAUACCCCCCCUACCUUGUCACAGCACAACUGAUUGGCUCAAAUGCAUUAAGAAAUUCCACCUAUUAACUUUUAAAAAGGCACACCUGUUAAUUGAAAUGCAUUCCAGGUGACUACCUCAUGAAGCUGAUUGAGAGAAUGCCAAGAGUGUGCAAAGCUGUCAUCAAUGCAAAGGGUGGCUAUUUGAAGAAUAUAAAAUAUAAAAUCUAUUUUGAUUUGUUUAACACCCCUCGAAGAUCUCCCUAGAAAGGAAGGAACCUAGGAAGAAACCUAAAGGAACCAGGCUCCGAGGAGUGGCCAGUCCUCUUCUGGCUGAACCACCACCCUAUCGCUUUCCCCCAAUCCAACCGAUUCAUAUCUGUGACAACUUGAAAUAGGAAGGAAGUGUUUAAACAGGGCCUGUAUGUGAGGCUCGAUUUAGUCAGAUACGCUUUAGCUAAUAUCCGCAUAGCAGUUGUUUUGACUGUGUCGGAGGUGGAACUGCGUUAAGAGCUGUCAAAUCCACAAGCAGCUCCCGGCAUUAUACCUAAAGCGGACAAUGCCAUUGGCUGCGCAGUCGCAUGAACAGAAAUCCCAUGCAGCAAUGCAGUUCGAACCCUUGAAUGUGAGAUGUUAUUUUGUUGAAUGAUUUUUCAAUUCGAUCAUCAUUAUUUCUAUAUAGCCUACAAUGUCUCGUUGUGAACUUAUAACACGAUUGGGGCGGGUGUGGCUUCAUGACAAUGACUAAGAGCAGCUGCACGCCGAUUUCAUGGCUCCAAGGCAAUUCAACCUCCGACACAGCCAAAACAUCCGCUAUGUGGGUGUCUGCAAUCGCUGGUUAGUGCUUGAUCUGAUUUAAUCUAGUUGUUCUCUUGUGCAGACUGCUUUUGUUUGUUAUGUACAUUGUUUUGUAUAUUCAUUUAAUACCGUUAAUAUAUAAAAGCACUGAAAUGUAAUGAUUAUCAAUACAAUCAGUGUACAAAACAUGAAGAAGACCUUCCUAAUAUUGAGUUGUUUUGCCCUGUUACCCUCUGAAUGACAAACAUACACAAUCCAUGUCUCAAUUAUCUCAAGGCAUAAAAAUCCUUCUUUAACUAAGCUGUCUCCUCCCCCUUCAUCUACACUGAUUGAAGUGGAUUCAACAAGUGACAUAAAUAAGGGAUCAUAGCUUUCACCUGGUUAGUCUAUGUCAUGAAAAGAGCAGGUGUUCUUAAUGUUUUGUACGCUCAGUGUAGAGUGAGCAAUAUAGAUAUUAACAAUAUGAUGUGAUAUGAUUAACCUAAAUUAUAUUGGCAUUGUUAAUAUGUUUGUUUUGUCCUCUUAAUCGACAGAAUAUUGUGACUCAUGUGUACAGGUAAAGUCCAUGUAUAGAAUAUAAAUUAUUGGAAGCUUGUUGUGCUAUUAAAAUGUUUUACUGAACUUGUUAAUGAAAAUUAUAUAUUUUGUGUGGAAAGAAAAUUCUAUCAGAUUGAUAAUAAACCAUAGAACGGUUGACCAGACAUGUGUCUGUCAAUUGGUCCAAUACUGUAGAUCUUUCGAAAACAUUAAAAGGGCGAAGUACCAAUGGCAUUUGAUCAGCUGAAUAAAAGCCAGCUUCUUUUACCAGAGGGUGAUCAUUGACUGAAUGCCAUGCCUGAAAUAAAGAUGGAUACCCACACGCA